AUGCAAGAUGUUCGAAUGUCCUGUUGUUGUAUGAAUGCAGGAACACUGGUGUCGUCUAAGGCAGCCUAUUCCCCAGCCUUACCAGACGACCUUGGAGCUCCAAUGGAGGUCAUUGAUAUCGAUGCCCCGAUGUGUGGACAGGACUGUUUCGGUAACGAGACUUGCAUGUCCUUUGCAUACGACGCAGCAAAAGGGAAAUGCAUGAAAUAUGGAGGCAACUACUUCAGGAACUUCUAUAAAACCUCUGGGAACGAGCAACGGAAGGAUCUCCCUCUGACAGCGCAACCAAUGUAUUUCUUCAAUCUUUCGCAUGCUCUUGAUCGGAACUAUAUCCUGGACAGAGACGCUGGACUGUGUUACAAGAUAUACAGUAAACAGAUGGACCAUGAAGAAGCUGAGGCUGUCUGUUCACGUGACAAUGCUCGGCUUCUGGCCGUACAGACCAUGAUACAGCUCAAUGCGGUCCUGACCUAUAUCCAGUCCGAAAGCAGAGACAGCUUCCCAUUGCAUGUGGCCGGAUCAGGGGCUGAAAUGACGUACUUCGAUGCACAGCCGAUCUCGGAUGCCCUGUUUUCCACAGACGGGCUCAGUGCAUCUGGUAAUUGCACGCAGUUAACCGUGUCUGGUCUCUCCAAAGGCAGUUGCAAAGACACGCUCUUCGUCGCUUGUGCUUACUGA